AUGGCCCCACAACAAGAUCCUUCUCAAGAGAUUGGGUCACGUCACCCUUUUAGCGGCGCAGGAUCGCACAAUCCUCUAAACCCCCAGUUGCCUAUACUGCUCCCUUCACUCCCGGUUCUGGACUACAGCCUAUUAUCUACGUUCCUAGAGCAGGCAGACUUCCAGGCAAUCCAGAUGAAGCGCAAUGGGACUGCGUUCUUCUCCCAGGCAGGGAUCUGGUUCAUCAUUGACCAGUCUGGGCUAGACACCGGUCAGAUCUUGGUAGUCGACUUCAAACCUAAUGAGGGAGUAGCGAACCUCACUCAGCUCCGGCUGUGGUAUCUGACUGAAUAUGGAUCUGCCUCUGCUGGACCUCCUGGAAGUGACAAAGCAACGACGCGAAUUCGAUUGGGCAGACUGGGGGGUCGAGAGCUCUGGACACGCGAGAUUGACCGGAAUGCCCCUGGAUAUCCAGCGUUGGAGGCCCAGGGGCGUGAGUCGGCAUUUGAUCUGGUGAAUCUCCGGUCAGUCUGCGAGGAUUAG